GAGAGAGAGAGAGAGCCACAGCCACACAACUCGCAUACAAACCUUGUGCUGUCAGAACAAGCAGAGAAUUUCAAGGAAGAAUGGCCGAAACCCAGACACUUAACUUUGGACCAGAAUGGCUCCGUGCCCUGUCUGGAGGUGGAGGCAGUGGUGGUAGCGGCGGCGGUGGAAGCAGCGGCGGCAUAGUUGCCUCUCCGCCCCUCUCACCUGCAUUGCCAAAGUAUAAACUCGCAGACUAUCGCUACGGGAGAGAAGAAAUGUUAGCACUUUAUAUAAAGGAUAACAAGAUCCCUAUAGACUUACAUGAUAAGGAGUUCCUGCCCAUAUUGCAAGAGGAGCCCUUGAUGCCUUUGGCGCUUGUGUCUUUUACAGAGGAGGAACAGAGAAAUUUUUCCAUGUCUGUAAACAGUGCAGCAGUACUUCGGCUGACAGGGCGAGGAGGUGGUCCAAUAGUAGGGGCACCACGGGGCCGAAGUACCUCAAGGGGUAGAGGCCGGGGAAGAGGAGAUGGAGGGUUUUACCAAAGAAGUUUUGAUGAUGUGGAAGGGUUUGGCCGUGGAGGUAGGGAGAUGCAUCGCUCCCAGAGCUGGGAAGAAAGGGGAGAUAGAAGGUUUGAAAAGCCAGGUCGAAAAGACCCAGGCCUAGAUGGCGUUCCAGGACAUUUUCAGAUGAAUCACAUUCGAAGCAACUACGAGGACGGUGUGACCGGCCUACCGAGGAAGCACGACUUCACGCGUUCAGAGAGUGAGAACUGGCGUACAUCUCGUGAUGAUCAGAAUGAUGGGCCUCGGUCAGCAGGGUGGCGGGAACACCCAGAUCAGCGUCGCCGUUUCCCAUUUGAUGCAAGAGAAGACGAGCGUGGAUACAGGAGGCCACGGUCAGGCAGUGGCAGCCUGGAGGACGAGAGGGACAGCCUGCCAGAGUGGUGUCUGGAGGACGCAGACGAGGAGGCAGGCACCUUCGACUCUUCAGGGGCCUUUCUCUCACUCAAGAAAGCCUCCAAGGAGCCCAUUCUUGAGGAGGCAGAGCUUGACUUCAGACCCUUGGAAGAGUGUGAAGAGGGUCUGGAGGAAGAAGACAGUCAGCGUAAGGAGACCAAAGAGACAGAAACAGAAGCCAAGAGAGAGGCAGACAGAAAAGAGUUUGCCAGAGUGUCAGAGGAGGCUGCACCUGUUGCUCCCCCAGUCUCAGAGGCUCAGGCUCCUCCCAAGUCUCUGUCCCCGAGCCAGCCACGCAGAACAGAAGAGUCUGAGAGGCCAGCUGAACGGCAGCCACCCCUGGAGCUACCACCAGAGCCCUGCAAAGUCCCCCUGCACGUCCCCAUGUCUAACAGCAUGCUGGAGUCCCUACCCAGGACACACAUCUCUACCACCCUUGCAGAAGUGUCUGCUCCAUCAUCCACCGUCCAGCUACCGCAGCAGAAGCCUGUGGAGAUUCCUGUGGCAAUGAACAACCCGCUGCCCUUCCCUUCAAACAUGAUGGCACCUAUAGGCAGGCCCACCACUGUAACACAUGACACGGAUGAAGAUGAGGGGCUGAAACACUUUGAGCAGGAGGCAGAGAAGAUGGUAGCAUACCUACAGGACGGUGUGGCGGAUGAUGACAGACUUGCAGUAAAGACUUCAGAGAAGCCAAAACCCUCUGGUCUGCCGCUCACCCACGAGGCUGCUCUCAAGUGGUUCUACAAAGACCCUCAAGGGGAGAUACAAGGUCCAUUCAGUAACCAGGAGAUGGCUGAGUGGUUCCAGGCAGGUUACUUUACAAUGUCUCUCUUAGUCAAAAGAGGGUGUGAUGAAGUUUUUCAAGCCUUGGGAGACAUCAUGAAGAUAUGGGGGAGGGUACCGUUCACUCCAGGCCCUGCACCUCCACCUCUACAGGGUGAUGGUGAUCAAGAAAGGUUGAAGAGGCAGCAGGAGCUCACUGCUCUCAACCUUUACCAGUUACAGCAGCUCCAGUAUCAAUACCUCCUGAGGCAGCAGUAUGCUCAGGCCUUGGCCCAGCAGAAAGCUGCAGCCCUCAGCUCAGCUCCUCUUCAGCAGCAACAGCAACAUCAACAGCAGAUCAACCUGCUUCUACAGCAAUACCAGGCUCUCAAGCUAAGAGCAUCUGAGAGCCUUCUACCUCCUGUUACACGUUCCCUUUCUGUACCAGACUCUGGUUCUGUGUGGGAAAUGCAGAACCCGACCUCUCAGGCUUCCUGCACACCAAACCUCCAACAAGCUACUCAGAGCACGUGGGAUGGCAGCAGUGUAUGGGAUUUACCAAUAGACUCCAUGGCGCAGGCUCCAACCAUUGAGCAGAUGCAACAGUUUGAAAAGUCAAAGUCUGCAAAGUUGGAGCUGGACAGGCGUGAAGCAGAAAUGAGAGCCAAAAGGGAGGAAGAGGAGAGGAAACGGCUGGAGGAGGUCCUGAGGGCUCGACAGGAGGAGGAACGUAAACGCUUGGAGGAAGAGGAGCUGGCACGACAAAAACAGGAGGAGGCAUUGAGGCGACAGAGAGAGCAAGAAGAGGCGCAGCGCCGGCAAAAAGAAGAAGAGGAGCGACUGGCACAGGAAGAGGCUCUCCGCAGAUUAGAGGAGAGGCGGAGAGAAGAGGAGGAGAGAAAGAGACGGGAAGAGUUCCUUCGCAAACAGGUAAACCAGAGUAAACAUGAUACUGUACCCCUUUCUGGACUUGUGAAACAUCUCCCUAAAUUUCCCUGUGCAAUGUUGUUACCUCACCAGGAAGAGGAGCGCAGAAAGCAAGAGGAACUUGAAGCAUUAAGGAGGCGUGAGGAGGAGAAGCGAGCAGAGGAAGAAGCGGCAGCUGUUGCAGCGGCAGCUCUUCAGGCCCAGCAACAACAAGAGGAGCAAAAGAGGAGAGAGCAGGAGGCCCAAAGACAGCAGGAGCUGCAGAGACAGAGGCAGCAGCAACAAGAGGCUCUCAGGCGACUUCAGCAGCAGCAACAGCAGCAGCAGCUCGCACAAAUGAAGCUUCCAUCGUCAUCAAAGUGGGGCCAGCAGUCAAGCAGUGCACUCAGCCAGGCCCAGACUGCCCUGUCAUUGGCUGAGAUCCAGAAACUGGAGGAGGAGCGAGAACGGCAGAUGCGGGAAGAGCAGCGACGUCAGCAGCAGGAGCUCCUGAAGCUGCAGCAGCAACAGGCUCUGCAACAGGCUCAGCAGCCCCAGGCCAAGCUGUCUGGUUGGGGCAAUGUGGCCAAACAGCCAGUUAUUACCAAGUCAUUGCUGGAGAUUCAGAGGGAGGAAGCCCAGCAGAUGAAACAGAGGAAGGAGCCGCCGCAGCAGCCUCAGCCACCGCAGCAGCCACACCCCAUCGCUCCACAGCAGCCCCGCACGCAGAACAGAACUACAAGUCUGAGCAGCUCCGUGUGGGGGUCUGUUAACACCAGCACCUGCUCUAAUUGGGGCUCGGACCCCAGCAGCAUCUGGGGUGACACCCACAACUCUAAUAUGGGUUUCUGGGAUGAGGCUGUGAAGGAGGCCGUCCAGCAGCCUCCCCAACCGAAGAAAAGCAACGCUCAGAAAAACAACAAGGGCAAUGCCAACCUCAGUAACUCUUUGAGUGGGCGAGCCAACAAGAAGGUAGAAGAGGAGGAGAAGCUGCUGAAGUUGUUCCAAGGGGUCAAUAAGAGCCAGCAGGACACCUUCAUGCAGUGGUGUGAGCAAACUCUGCACACGCUCAACACAGCCAACAACCUGGAUGUUCCGACGUUUGCAUCCUUCCUGAAAGAAGUGGACUCUCCAUACGAGGUGCACGAUUAUGUCAGGGCCUAUCUGGGGGACACUCCCGAGGCCAAGGACUUUGCCAAGCAGUUCCUGGAACGUCGUGCCAAACAGAACGCUAACCAACAGAAACCGGCACCGCAGAACCAACAGCAAGCUCUCAAACAGCCGCAGGAUUCUGUAUGGGGUGGAACAGGAUCUUCAUCGCUCUACCAGUCCAACCAUACAAGUGGCCAGCAGCAGCGCUUUGAAACUGUCACCUCAGGGAAGAAGAAAAAGAAGCAGAAGAUGGUCCGCGCGGACCCGAGCCUUCUUGGUUUUUCUGUGAACGCGUCAUCUGAGAGAUUGAAUAUGGGAGAGAUUGAGACUUUGGAGGACUUUUAAGGGACUGCAACCAAGCAAACCCCAACUGACUGUAUCCAAUUUGAACAGCAGCUGUUUUACCCAAACCCCUGCCCGGCCCCCUGACUGCUUCCACGUCUUUUCACCUUUAUUUUUCGGUUGCCCACUUAUCAGGCAUUCCCUGGUAAUCUCUCAUAAUCUCUCAUAAAUUCUAAAUUGUAAACAAACAGUCGUCUCUAAGGCAGGGUUUGUUUCCCCCCUAAUCUGAUAAAAUCCUUUGAGAGAGAGAAAGAGAAAUGGAAACUGGUCAUUGAAACAUCCAACCGUACAAACGAUCGCCAAAUGAACUUAAGUUUCUGGAGAAAGCAGAAGGCAUUGAUGUCCGUUUGGCAUCCACUGCUCAGUCCUGAAUCAUGUCCUGUUGUAGAAAAUUCACAGUUAUGACCAAAUUCAAAUUUGGCCUACAUCCUAUGGGAUUUUUUUGGAGUGUGGAUAAAUGGGUGGGGUGGUUGGGUUAUUAUGGGAAAGGUUAUAGAGAUUAUAUCCAUUGAUUUUGUUUUAUUUAUUGAAAUUUAUCCCCCACACUUUAAUCCCCCCUCCUUUUCUCUUUCCCCUCCCUGUUUUCUGCUGGGUGUUCAUGGAUAAUGAUGGCAAAGUAAAGCCCAAGGAUUCGUGCCCACUUAUGUCCUGUUUUAAGGACAUGUUCAAAAGUUCCAAGUAGUUAUCUAUUUCUUGUAAAAUACUAGGCUGUUUAAAGAAUAAACUUUCAAUUCUG